AUGGCAGACGGGAGCGAAGUUGGUCGGGGUCACUCGGUGGCAAAUGGACGGAAGACCAAUAGCUUGAGUUUGAGGCUGUCGACCACGUGGUCGGCCAGUCUUUCUGCGUCACUUUACCGCUUGACGUCUCCUGUAGCCAAUCAUAGUAUGCCUGCACUAUGGUCUCGUUCUGCAUCACCAAGGCUGCCAGAAACGACUCAGCAUGAAUCUGUUGUCGACGGUUACGAGGCAUCUGGACGGCGGCAUGGCAGCUGGCAACGUGCAGUCCACGUUCCCUCUUACUAUAAACGAUCCGAGGACGAGCGCUCACUCCCAACCCAUCCAACGACGACGAAUAAUCGAAAAAUGUCGACUGCGAACAACAGGUCGAAUAGAAAGAAAGGGAAAGUGCGACGCUGGCUGGAUAGUCUGCUCUGCGUCUCAUCGCCCGAGGAUCCAGUCGCGCCAUCCAUCCAGCAGCGCUCGUCUUCGCAUGCCUCGUUACCUCUAGAACCGAUCCAAGACUUCCAUACAGAUACCCCCAAUGAUGACAACACCGCACAACAAGGGCCUUCGCAUGCAUCACUCCCUGCAGAACCGACCCAAAGUGCCCAUGUAGAUUCGGCCAAUGACGAGAACGCACCCCUCCCGACAGGCCAGCCAUCAGCUCAAAUCAGUACCCCUCCCGAUACAUCAGGCGUCAAGAAUGGGGCAUGGGCUGGGCUUCGGCUGACUCUCAAGACCCUGAGAGACACUCCUGCGAUGUUCGGCCCACUCGCCUCCGCAGCCAACGUACUUCUCGACUGCUUCGAUACUAUCGAGGCGGUCGCGCGGAACCAGCAAGACUACGAACAACUGGCGACCGAGCUUGACGCGCUCAGCAAAUCGCUUGUCACGACAUGCAACGAGGUCGCACCAGGCUCAGCUGCCGACUGCGUAGCUGGGAUCGUCAAUACUAUCAAACGAGAGGCGAAUGAGAUCGACAGCAAACUCGAGCGCGGGACUGGGAGACGGGCGCUGAUGGCGAACGCGGACGAACAGGAUCUGAUGAGGCGGUACAGGCGGAUACAGUCGCUGUUUCGGCAGCUGCAGACGAACAUCGGGAUGAGCACCUGGGCAAACACGAACGAACUAGUGGUGAAAUCAAGGCUUGGAGAACUGAACGCAGAAAAGAAGGCAACAUACGACUCACAGCUCUCGGGACCGACCAACCGACGGACAUGCACCGAAGGCACGCGGGUCAAAGUACUCGACGAACUCAAAGCCUGGGUGCUCGAGGCAGCCGGACAGUCAGUAUAUUGGAUGAGCGGCAUGGCGGGGACUGGCAAGACCACAAUCGCAUGUACGUUUGCCAAAUGGCUCGAGGCCGAGAAGCUGCUGGCGGCGAGCUUCUUCUGCACGCGGACCUCUACCGACUGUCAGGACGUAACCCGAAUCAUACCGACGGUGGCAUACCAGCUUGCACAAUACUCUAUCCCGUUCCGGUCGGCGCUGUGCGAUAUUCUCGGCAACAACUCGGAUAUAGGGUCAAAGGACAUCGCGGCGCAGUUCGAAAAGCUGAUACUGGAGCCGCUGAACAGAAUGAAGGACGACAUACCGGACGGGAUGGUGGUGGUGAUCGAUGCGUUGGAUGAGUGCAAAGACCAAGGCGGAGUGGGAAAGCUUCUGGAUAUGCUGUUCAAGCACGCUGCUCAGCUACCGGUCCGGUUCUUCGUGACCAGUCGACCCGAGUCGGGCAUCUACGCAACGAUGGCAGCGCACGCAGCGUCUCACGAGGCUAUACACCUGCACAAGAUCGAGGAGUCGCUGGUCAGCGCGGACAUCAAGCUGUACCUGGAAGAGGUGCUUGCGCCAAUAUCGCCUCAGGUAUCGGACAUCGAGGAGCUUGUUCGACGCUCCGGGGUGCUGUUCAUCUAUGCGGCCACUCUUUUCCGCUACAUCUUGCCCACGGGCCGGAAGGCUAACUCGCAGAAACGGCUCCGAGACAUCAUGGCCAUGGCUCCUGAGGCUGUGAUGGGACACGCGCAGAUUGAUUUGCUGUACACGGUGGUGCUGAAGUCGGCGCUGGAAGACGAGGAAACGAACGAGGAAGAGAAGAACGACGUCCGGGCGGUACUUAACACCGUGUUGCUUGCGCAAGAGCCGAUUGGGAUCCAAACCAUCGCGGCCCUCGGCGGAGUGGGCGAUACGUCUCGAGUGGAGUAUGCGCUGCGAUCACUGAGCUCUGUGCUGUACGAGUCGGGCACGGGUCUGGUAUCAACCCUACACGCCUCGUUUCCGGAUUUCAUGUUCGACGAUAAGCGAUCUGGGACCUACUUUUGCGACGCACCCAAGCACAGUCUACUGGUGGUGCGGCGAUGCUUCGAGGUGAUGAAGAAACAGCUACGAAUGAACAUAUGCAAUCUGCCGUCAUCGUUUAUGCGCGACAAGGAUGUCAAGAACCUGAACGAGCUGAUCGAAUCGAACAUCUCACCCCUGCUCACAUAUGUAUGCCGCUAUUGGGCGAACCACCUUCGGCCAGUGCUGGAGGUAGAUGAAAUGCAGGCGGCGCUGGGCGAGUUUGUAUCGACGCGACUGCUGUUCUGGAUGGAGGUGCUGAGCGUGCGGAGCGAGCUAUCUACAGGAGCGGGUACGGUGCAGCUGAUGAAUGCCAAGCAGUGGCUGACGUCAUUUGAGCCCCAAGAGUCUCGGUCAAAGCUGGCGGUGACGAUGGAAGAUGCUAUCAACUUUGUGGCGGGGCAUAUAACCAGCCCGGCUUCUGAAUCGACCCCACACAUCUACAUCUCGUCACUCCCGUUCUGUGCGCGAUCAAGCUAUAUAUACAAGCACUACUGGCCUCGGAUGCAAGGACUGGUGGAACUGAAGGGCAGUCUGAUGGACCGCAGAGAGACAGCCGCACUGGCCACCUGGAACAUUCGCUCGGAAGUAUUGUCGGUGGCGUACUCAGGGGAUGGCAGUCAAGUUGCAGUCGGAUGCAAAGACGGAACAGUGAGCAUACGGAACGCAUACGAUGGCACGCUGCUUGUUGGGCCCUGGAAUGCUCACACCCGUAUUGUUCGUUCGGUUGUGUUCUCGCCUGAUGGCAGACUUGUUGCCUCGGGGUCAUAUGAUGGCACCAUCGGAGUGUGGGACGUGCGCACCGGCAGUCCUGUUGCCGGUCCAUUCCACCGUCACACCGACCUUGUCUACUCGGUUUCGUUCUCACCCGACAGCAAGCGCAUAGUCUCUGGCUCCGACAACAACACCGUUUGUAUAUGGGACACGGCCGAUGGCACACUGCUUGUGGGUCUGUUGCACGGUCAUACCGACUCAGUCAACUCCGUGACGUACUCGCCCGACGGCACACUCAUUGCCUCUGCCUCUGAAGACAACACUAUCCGACUGUGGCGCUCGGACGACGGCACUCCUGCUGGUUCCCCGCUUCAAGGUCACACCGACUCUGUCAACUCUGUUACGUUCACGCCCGAUGGCACUCGACUUGUCAGCGGGUCAUCCGACGGGACCGUUCGUGUGUGGAGGGUGUCGGAUGGGUUGGCUGUUGCCACUUCAUUUCAGGGUCAUUCAGGCGGCGUCUACUCGGUGGCAGUGUCACCUGAUGGCAUGCUUGUUGCAUCUGGGUCUGAAGAUCGUACUGUGCGAGUGUGGAGGAUCAGCGAUGGGUCGCUUGCUGCCGGUCCAUUUGUUGGCCAUACUAUCAUCUCUGGGUCUGAUGAUCGGACCGUUCGUGUUUGGAAUGUGCGCGAAGGCAUGAUGUCCCCUGCCUCCUCGGAAGUUGGUCUAUUAUAUAUCACAUCCCUCUCUUUCUCGCCUGAUGGCGCUCAUGUGUUGACAGUGUCGCGUGAGGACGAGAGGCGCAUGUGGGGUGUCUCGAGUGGCAUAUCCCAGCCAGCGUCAACCGAUACCCAGCUUCCUCACCUUCCAUCCGAUGCAUCACCUCCCGAUAGCUCUUACGCUGCUGAAACCAAUACGGAUGGACGGCUAGUACGGGUUGUGCGCACGGACGACAAGUCUGUGGCUGCUGGGCCAUUUAAUCCUACCCCUCGAGUAUGGCAGUUCUCUCGCGACAGUACCUGCGUCAUUGUGGGCCUCAAGGAUGGCAGGAUUGAGGGGAUAUGUCUACAGACCGGGCAGCCUGCGUUCGAGUUGCGCUCGGCUAACGACGACUGGGUUGACCUGAUUGCAGAGUGGCCCGAUCGUUCCCUUCUUGCCUCCAUUGACGACACCGCGUACCACAGUUCCAGCUUACGAAUCUGGAGCAUGGUUAGCCCUUCACUCUGUUUUCGGUCCUCAGACGAUCCCCCUCUCGAUCCGGGGCCAGGUCAGACCCUCUCUGGACUUCACGCCCGAUGCUAUAUCAACAGGGCUGGGUGGAUGGUCAACAAUAACAAUGACCUAUUGCUCUGGCUUCCGUCAGAGAUAGCUGAUGCAGGACUGUCUCCGUUCGCGUCGCUUAUUGUCACAACGUCAGGAACACUACAAGUACCAAAGCAGAUGCUAUUGGUCGGGCCGGAGUGGGACAAAUGCUACGUACGGGGCUGA